UUUUGUUGAGCUGUUUUGCUAAAAGUGCAUCAUUAUAUUUUUCAUAUGCUACAUUUGAUCGCUUUUUGCCUUUUUUAGCAAAAAAAAACAUAAGUAUUGAAUUUUCUUUUGCGUUCAUUCAGUGAAGUCGUGAGUUAUUACACGAACUGUGUUCAUAUAAUAAAAUUACUGUAAAGUUAUAAGUUUACUUUAGAAACUGGUCCUCGAUAAUUGUGAUUAAACAUGGGCUGUGAUGAGUGGCAACGCGAUUUGGUUAGGAACAAGAACGACUUCCUUGGUUUCCUGUGGAAUCCUAACACCAAAGAGGUGUGUGGCCGUACAGCUGCCAGCUGGUGUGAGAUCAUGGUCUUCUAUGUCUUCUUCUAUGGCCUCCUCGCUGCCUGGUGGGCUUCACUGCUCUACGCCAGAGUCUCCUUCCUCCCAGAGAUAGCCGAUGGUCCAUACCACAUGGAAUACAUCCCACACAGGGGUCCAGGAAUGAGCAUGGUUCCGGUCGACGAGGACGGAGAUAAACAGCUCACCUUCGACAUAGACUCCACGGAAGCAUACAAGGACAAGAUCGAACAGUUCUUCAAAGCGUACACUUCCAUAAACGGACACGACUUUUCGACUGAAUUUGAGAUGUGUGGCGAGGAUUUUGAGGGUGAGUGUGUUGACAACGGGGGUGAGUCAUACUUGGGUGCCAUGACCAUAGAAGUGCCAGAGAAGGAGGAGACGGAAGAAAUUGAGAAGGAAGAACUGGAACAAAAGGAGAACGAAGCCGCCGCGAAGGAAGCAGAAGCAGCCCCAUUGAAGGAUGGAGUGGUAGAAAACGAGAGUGAAGCAGCGGCAUCAGAGGAAGCGGGACAAAACCAAACUGAAGCAGCCGCGGAUGAGCCGAUAGUUGAGAGGCGUGCUCGGAGGUCCUCGGAUGAGACUGAGGAGGAUCCGAAGAAGGUGAAGUUGUUCAACCUGUUCAAUCUGGGCGAGUGUUUCUCGGACCCUGACUACGGGUACGCAGGGGGGGAGCCAUGUGUCUAUUUCACCAUAAACAAGGCGUUCGGUUGGAAGCCAGAGCCUCUAAGUGGAGACAGGAAGACAGAAGUGGAAGAGGCGACAGGGCAAACUACCAGUCCAGACUUUAUUCCCUUUAUCUGCCAAGGAAUCAAAAGCCAUGACAGGGAACUGAUUGAGAGCAUUGAAGUGUUUCCGAAGCAGGGCAUUAGCAGCGCCUACUUCCCCUGGGAUGGUCAGGAGACCUACGUCAAGCCCCUCGUGGCUGCCAAGAUCAGACUAGCCCCAGAGGGGUUCGGCCAGCGCAUCAGGAUCGAAUGCAAGGCUAAGGCUGACAACUUCCACCCUAACAUGGCUAAGCCAAACAGCGGCCGAGCGGAGAUCGUUGUGACCAUCUCAAAGGACACAGCUGAAGAGCAGGUGGUGGAGGAGGAAAUAAUACCAGAAGAGAACGCCAACACUCAGAAGUAAAUCUAGACCAAGAUCCCACUUUUGGGCGCCAGGAAAUCUCUUUAGAAAUACCCCUGAUAAACUUUGUACACAUUUAACUCUCAGAACUAGAAUUAUUGACUCAAAAUGAAUUUAAACAUACAACAAACUCAGAUAUAUCAAAUAAUUUGCUCUGAAAAUUAACUGAA